AUGGAUAUUACCGAUUAUAUCUUCGCUCGGAGAGAGGAGGUCCUCGUGGCUGGAGACUACAAUGGCUAUCGGGCACACACAACUCGCAAAUUGCACAAUAUUCGCAAGAAGCUUGGGCAGACUACUCCUAAAGGCCGGAAAUAUACCUCUAAGCCUCCUAUCAGUGCCGAAGAUGUCGGUCAAAAUGUCGCCAACGUCCAUCUCCUCCUCCUCAGUGCAGAACGAGCAUGGGCUCAAGCGAUGCACAUGAAAUCAACACAUUCGGCAGAUCCAUCAGCGAAAGGAAUAUCCGGCUCUGCGCGGCGUCAUAUCAUCUCGCGACUAAACAAAGCGGCUGGAUACGCCAACCAGCUGGCCGUCCUACUGGAAGAUAAGAGCAGCUCUGGCGCUACUGACACCGAUAUCCUGGAAGCACGGGCUUACUUGAGCUCGCUCAUUGGGGCAUCAUGCCUGGAAAAGCGCAGCUGGGAACAAUGCGUUCGAAAUUACUCCAUUUCGCGGGUCAUCUAUACUGCGCUAGGCCAAGCCGCAAGGAAGGAUGCGUUUCGUGAUCUUUUAUCCGGCAAUAUCGACCCAAGUCUACGAUAUGCAGCAUAUCAGAUGAAGCUUCCACGGUCGAAUCCUAUACCGUCAUUGGCCAUCGAAUACUUCCCUGGUGACGCAAACAUCAGAUCCGAGGUUGAGAAGGCCGACCCCAAUUGCCUGAAAGAAGAUGCGGCUGGGACACGACGAACCGCGGAUGGGGAUGUCCAGCAGCUGCCUGAGAGUAUUACUUGGAGGUCUCACACUGUCGCAAUAGAAGAUGCUGUGAUUUCCCAAGCGCUCGCGGCGGCAUCAGCUGAGGAGUCUCGGCUUGCUGCUUGGCUCAAUGCCCCCGAGGGAAGCUCCGCUUCCGCAAAGGACAAAGCCGCAGCAUACGAUAACGUAAUCAUCGCCAGCCAAGACGCGGUUGAUGCCACGAAAACGGCUAUUGAUGACCUUGCGGGCGAGGGUGUGGAUCCCAGUGACAAGAGGAUGCAAAGCUUGCAAAUAACUCGGACAGCCGUGAACUACGCCCUGGUGGGCUGGAGAAUCGGACGUAACCGCGUUCUGUGUGGUGAGAACGACGGUAUCAUCUUUGAGCCUAGUCGGAUGCAAUCGUCGAAUAAAAAGGCGACGUCUGAGUAUGACGAAUCCAGCGGCAAGAAAUUGACAUGGUUGCGUGAGAGGGUGGUUUUGUAUGAUUCCACCUUGCAGAGUAUUGAGUUCAUUCUUGAUCUACCGGGUAUUGCCGCAGACACAGGCUUUGUUCGGGAGCUUGAAGCAAAGCGCAACUACUUCCGUGCCUUAAGAUGCCUAACCAUUGGCCGCUCUCAUGCGCUUCUUGGAAAGUCUCAGAAUGCCCUCGCCUUGUUCUCACAAGCCCUAUCCCUUGCGUCAGAAGCCGUUGCAUCAUCCCAGUCCAAGGUCGAGAUUGACGAACCACCAAGAUCAGACGUCUCGCUCAACCAAGCCCAAGCACUUGAGCACGAACUCCGAGCCCUCGUCACCAAAUAUCAAGGCCUGGUCACCCUCGAGAGUAUAUCCGCCCAAGAGCAAUCCUCUAAGUCAACCAACCAGUGUCCGCUUGUUGAGCGUCUCCACGAGUACUCUGGCGAUCGCCUCGACCUGGAUAACCUUGUCCCGUACCCGCCUGAGAUACGCCCAAUCCCUGUUAAGCCGCUCUUUCUUGACGUCGCGUGGAACUACAUCGACUAUCCGCGUGAGGGCAAAGCCGCUGUCUCAACAGGUGCCACCCAGGCCCAAGCGGCAGAGCCAGCAACUGAAGAAAGGACGACUGGCCGACGCGGCUGGUUUGGCUUUGGUCGUUGA